AUGACUAUGGUCGGCAGCAACCACCUCGUGAUGCAAACAGCCAAAAACGUCCUCUACGGAGACUCCAAAAACCUGCAACCCUGGGGCCUGAUCAUCCUACUACUCUCAAAAUCCGUCAAAUCAGCCCACGUGACCCCUCAAACGAAGAAAACCGAAGAAGAAACCAGGGUAUUAGCAGAACUGACAGAAAUGAUGAGAACUGGCCAUCUGAUUCAUAAAGGAAUUGUAAACGUACCUUUCGCAAAAAGGUCAAAAGACACAGAAUCAGCUAUUUUCGGAAACAAAAUAGCUUUACUUCUAGGAGAUUACCUUCUUGUAACCGCUAACGGUAUGCUUGCUAACCUAAGAAAUUCCGAUGUAUCCUACAUAAUUUCUACUGCCUUAAAAGACUUGUCUGAAGGUGAAUUCUUCGGAGAAAGAGAUGAGCAAAACAUGCCCAUACCUGGUGAGCCAAAAAUCACUGAUAAGGACUACGAAAUCAAUUUCGACACUAAUUCUAUUGCAGUAGAUGAUGUUUUGGGUAAGCCUAGAAAAGAAUGGACAGCUAGAACUGUUUACAAUGGUGUUAGUCUCCUGGGCAGAGGCUGCCAAUCAGCUAUGGUGCUUGAAAGACAGAAUAGAGAGACUCAGAACUUGGCAUACCAAUUUGGUUGUCAUGUAGGCCUUGCUUGGCAAGCCGCUACAGAAUUACAACAACUGACUUCAGAAAGCAAAGACCAGUUCUGUUUAGCAAGUGCACCCGUACUUUUUGCUUUAGACAGCAAUCCCAACUUAUACCAGAUCAUAACUCAAGCGAAAAAAGACGUUAAGGACGUCGAUUAUGAAGAUUUGAAGUUCAAUAUCCUAAAAACUGAUGCGGUUGAUAAGACACAGAUGCUGUAUAAGGAACAUGCUAAGAAAGCCACUGAGUAUAUUGAUGGUAUUGGACAGAAUGAGUCCGUUGAUAUGAUAAAGAAGUUGAUUAACACAUUUUAG